CAAGAGAGAGAGAAAGAGAGAUAAAGCCAGAGGGAGGGAGACAUGAAAAACUGGAGUCUUACCUGCAGACCGUCGAUGGGGAACCAUCAUCACUGCGACGCCAACAUGACGCGUGAGCCCGCGGUCAGUAACGCGACGGCGGUGCGGCGCGACGCGGGGUUCGCGGGUCCGGUGCUCGCGCUGCUCACCGGGAUGAUGGUCGUCCUGAUCGCGCUGAUCGUGUGCGGCAACGCGCUGGUCAUCGUCGCCUUCAAGAUGGACAAGAGUUUGCGCAAACAGAGCAAUUAUUUCCUGCUAAACCUGGCCAUCUCAGACUUCCUCGUGGGUGCUUUCUGCAUACCGGUGUACAUGCCCUACAUCUUGACAGGGAAAUGGAUGCUGGGAAAAGGACUGUGCAAGCUGUGGCUUGUUGUCGAUUAUCUUCUCUGCACCGCUUCGGUCUUCAACAUCGUUCUUAUCAGCUACGACCGCUAUCUAUCGGUUACAAAAGCGGUGUCUUAUCGCGCCAAACAAGGCAUGACGCACUUUGCAGUAUUAAAGAUCGCAGUGGUCUGGAUUCUGGCCUUCCUCCUCUACGGACCGUCCAUCUUAUUCUGGGAGCAGCUGACAGGCCGGAGCCGCGUGCCGGAUGACGAGUGCUUCGCAGAGUUUUACUACACCUGGUAUUUCCUCCUCUCAGCUUCAGUGAUCGAGUUCUUCGUGCCUUUUUUAUCCGUGGCGUUCUUCAACAUCAGCAUCUACAUCAACAUCCGCCGGAGGAGACUCGGCAACAGGAGCGAAUCUAAAUGCCACAACUCUGCGACUCUAUACAGAGACAGGACACAUAUGAGUACCAGAAUGUGCUGGAACUCUUUAGCGCUGAAAAAUAAAAGCACAACAGAUGGAGAAAAGCGCCCGGAAAGCGACGGUCUCUCGAUGCGAUGUGUUCAGCGCUCACGUUUAAGACAAGACAAGAAGAUCGCCAAGUCUUUAGCUAUCAUCGUGUGUGUGUUUGCGGUGUGCUGGGCGCCGUAUACGCUUCUGAUGAUCGUGCGGGCGGCGUGCAGAGGCGACUGUGUGUCCCAGCAUUGGUACGAGGUGACGUUCUGGCUGCUGUGGCUCAACUCCGCCAUCAACCCGUUCCUGUACCCGCUGUGCCACAGCAGCUUCCGCAGGGCUUUCUUCAAGAUCCUGUGCCCACGGCAGAGCACCACUAUUCCCCUGACAGACCACACAGCCAGCACGCACAGAUAGGCUGCAAUCACCUGCUGAAACUGGUGUGUGUAAAAAAAAAAAGAGGAUUUAAGUGCCUGCAUUUUUAAAGGAAUAUUCCAGGUUGCCAUUACAUUGAAUGAUUUUUAAACCGAAUAGAUCUUUGGAAGAAGAGUGCUGCUAAUAAAAUGAUGGAUGUUUGACAAAUGGACAAAAGCAGGACAGAAAUGAGACACGCUGUGAUAGCCCCGCCUUGAAGGCCUGAUAGCCCCACCUUACCAAUAGCUAGUGGCCAAUAGCUAGGGACCGAUAGCCCCACCUUAAAGAACUGAUAGCUCCUCCCAAAAAGGACUGAUAGCCCCGACCCAAGGGGCCGAUAGCCCUGCCCAAAAGGACCGAUAGCACUGCCAAAAGGGAACAAUAGCCCCACUCUAAAGGACUGAUAGCUCCUCCCUAAAGGACUGAUAAUCUCACCCUAAUGGACUAAUUGCUCUAUCCUAAAGGAUAUCAGCUCCACCCUAAAGGACUGACAGCUCCAACCUUAAUGAUUGAUAGCGCCUUCUUGAAGGACUGAUAGUCCCACCUUAAAGGACUGAUAGCUAUUCUCUAAAUGACUGAUAGCCCUGCCAUAAGUUACUGAAAGCUCUUCCCUAAUGGGCUGAUAGCCCUGCCCUGAAUGGCUGAUAGCUCUAAUAGCCCCUCCCUAAAGGACUGAUAGUCCUGCCCCAAAGGAUUGAUAGCUCCGACCUAAAGGACUGAUAGUCUCACCCUAAUGGACAGAUAGCCCCACCUUAAAGAACUGAUAACCCCAACCUAAGGCAACGAUAGCCCUGCCCUAAAGGACCGAUAGCCUUGCCCUAAUGGACUGAUAACCCCAACCUAAAUGACUGAUAGCUUGAUCCUAAAGGAUGAUAGCUCCACCCUAAUGGACUAAUAGCUCCUCCCUAAAGGACCGAUAGUCCCACCUUAAUGGACUAAUAGCUCCUCCCUAAAGGACCGAUAGUCCCACCUAAAUGG